CAAUUCGAAUGUUUUGUGCCUGUUUUGAAAACGCACCCAUCAACUUCGCCCGAGCCAAGCACUGCGAUUUAACAACUCACUCCAAUGGCUGCUGACCUUGUCCGCCUUUCGGAAAAACUGGAAACAUGCAUUCCUGGAAAAACGCCCCUGUCACCCAAGACUUCCACCCCGGAUUGGUUCAGCGCAGAAUCGAUCGCGAGAAAUCUCGCAAAUGCUCUUCGAUCCAAGGACUCGAUAGAUAAUCAUGGAAUUAUAGGGGGAACGAGCGUCCCCUUUUCCAUGACGACCUUGUUGAAGUAUUCUCAAACAAGCGCCGACAAAACAACCGAACCUGUUAUUUCAAGGACCAGUGCUAGCGCCGUCUUUGAGAUCUUACGCGUUAGUGCAAAUCUUUGCAUGGAUCAUGACAUCAACAGAGGUCGUCUUUUGGAUGCAGAGUUUCCUCAGAUUGUCCUUUCAAUCCUGAGAAGUUACGUCGCUCUUUUGGAAAAGACUCCUGCUUCUUCGACCCUUCCCGAUCCCGCCUCCAUACUAUCAUUACAAGAUUUAAAGAUCGUGAAGACGGCAUUCGGUUUCUUGCUGAACGCUGGACUAGAUUACAAACCUGUGCAGAGUGCUCUGAGGGAGAUGAAGACGCAGCAACUAGUUCUAAGCCUCGCUUCCUCGAUAUAUCCACCGGGCGUAUGGAGAAUACCGUCCAAGAUACCACAGACAGAACUCGCCGAGGUGUGGUCCUGGCGGUCUGGGAUAGCCGCAUGGUCCUGGCGCGUUCUAGAGGUUUUGGCCCAAUCAGACAAUGAUGUGGCAUGGGAAGCAACAUCUCUUAAAUCAUUUACCCAAUCGCUAAAUUCAUUCAUUCCUCCAUUCCCAUCCUCCACGCCCCCAUUCGCGUCAUCGGACGCACAACUCCGAAAAGCGCUCAUAAACACGGAUGUUGAUACACUCCAAGAAUACGCCGUUCAAAUAGAGGCUCUCCCCUCAGAGGAUGAUGACUUCAGAGGGAAACUAAUCACACCUAUCAAUUCAUCACGUAAUGCACUGAAUGAACCGAAUACUCCACUUACACAAUUACUCGUCUUUAUCGAACGUGGUGAGCCACCUUCAUAUUGGAACGACGAGAGUGAGAAUGAAAGGAAGGGAUGGGGGAAGACAUUUGGGUUUUGUAAAGGGGCAAUCAUCCGAGGGAUCGUUAAUCUUGCUGGAGAAGAGGCGCAAGUGAACGUAUUAUGGGGUCAGAAUGAUCCACUUGGGGGGUGGUUCGUUCAGAAAAUGGUUCAUUGGAUUAAGGACUACCCUGCCGCCGUUGAGGCGCGACGAGACGAGGAGCGGGAUGAUCUGGUGAUUUGUGCGACUUUGUGUUUAGGGAACUUAGCGAGAAGGGAAGCUCGAUGCGUUGCAUUGGUGCAGCCUCCGGUGUCACUCGUUCCGAAUUUAUUAAACUUGCUUGAUCCGAAGAUGGAUCUCAAGCUUAAGCAUGGUGUUCUUGGACUUUUGAAGCACUUGUCACAACCUCAAAGGAAUCGCAAUUAUCUGGGGGAACUAGGUACUAUCGAGGCCAUCAUUCGUUCGAAAGUAUGGGAUAAUGCAGCGGAUUUGGCGGAUGUUGUACAAUUGUCUGCGAUUGGGAUCGUCAAACACCUCGUUACCAGUCAUGUUUGGAAUGCCUUGAAGUUGUUCGUGGAGCCUGAGAAUAAUGACGGCGCCGAUUCCAAAGGAAUAGACCAAAUUCUGGACCUUAUCCGUCGCACAGAUUCUUUGGCUAUCCGGAAUGAAGCAACUCGGAUUUUAGUAAACCUCAUCAAAACGCUGUGGAUCCCACCUACACCUUCAUCUUCACCUUCAGUCUCACACCCACCUCCCUUUCCUCCACCUUUCUCUGCGGCAGCGGCAACGUCACCGACAGCAUCUCCUAUAAAUAACAAUCGGACACCGACCACCUCAAGUUUGGUCACUGUAGCCACGACAGGUGUUAGCGGUGUUGAUGAUUCUGCAGUAGUGAGUUCAUUGAGGAAGAACGCCUUUGGAGCUCUAACGUGUGAGGAAGUGGCGGAUGCGUUGGGUGAGAUGAUUGGGAGAAACGUGAAGUAUCCUGUGCUACUGAAUGAGGGGAUUAUGGCGUUGACGUUGUUGGCUAGCCCUGCUGCUGGAGGUAUGUAAUCCGCUUCUGCUCCCUGUCCCCAUUCCCUUGCGUCCCUCGUCGUCCCCCCUAGCGCACUCGCUUGUUAUCUCAUUGGCGCUGUGUGCCUUCAUUGAUCUUUCCCCCGUUGCUGGGGAACCCCCAUUGUUGAUUCGUCUCCAUUCCACGUUUUGUUUUGCCCUUUUCUCACCUAGGGGGCAGCCCGAGGCGCAAGGAACCCGAGAUCCUUACUGACCAAAACCGUUUCCCUCUUUCUCCCCUCGGGUCGGGCAUACGUGCACUAUGGCGAUGGUGACGGUGGGGUUUGUAGUAUCUCACGUUCUUUCGGCCCUUGUUGUGCCUCUUGGGCCCGAGCAACCACAGCAACCGCAACAACAAGGGCAACCUCAACAGCAAUCGUCUCUACCGGGAAGUACUUCCGAAGAAGCCACGGCUGUCGCGCC